UGUGUGUAAUGUUGUCAAAACAAACAAAAGCGAACAAACGCCCUGACAGCGCACUUCUGCUCGUGGGGUUUGGUCACGAUAAAGCCAGUUCGUGAAGCUUGCUAGCGAUGAAGUAGGGACAGUACGGUGUAAUAUACCACAUACAGUAGAUAUCACGCGGUUGUGCCAGUCCCAAAACGUAGGGCUUUUUGCAUGAUGCAUGCAGCACUGGUGUACGUGUACUUUGGUGCAUUAUUGGCGGUGUGCGGUGGCAGUGGUGGGACGCACCAUCAGAACGAACCACCGGACGUGAAUGUGACCGUGGCGAAGAUGAUCGGUGCGAUGGUGAUGGACGGUGAGAGGAAUGAUACGGCCAUACCCCUGCCGGAGCAUCAUUCCGACCGUGGGCAGCGAAUAGUGGCACGGAAAGGGGUAAUCAAUGAUGUGGCAAACGUGGUACAAGGUUCCGUUGCGGACCAGGAAACACUCGCUAGUGAUGGUGCAAUUGCACCCAGCAACAACGCGACAAACAUCGUACCAGCCACGCAGACGAACGUAACCACCACCACCACGGUGGCGUCGAACGCAACGAACGGUUCCACCAUACCCACAAUCAGUGCAAACGCAUCCUCAACAACUGCGAGCUCAGCAAAACCAUCGUCCCCACCACAAUCAAUGCCUCCCAGCAGUACCAACGCAACGACGGCACAGCAGACGUCAGCCACGAGCAGUAGUAGCACCACCAGUAGCUCUACCACCUCCACCACCACGACGACGUCAACAACCACAACGACCACCACCACCACAACGAAACCUCCAAAAAAGCCAAAGAUCACUUACUCGAUCGAAGAUGAACCGAAAUUGCUCCAGGCGGCCAAACCGGGCUACGGUACACCCUACGACCCAGUGGACAGCAGUGGGCGACUCCGCAUAGACGAACCGCUCGCUCAGUUCUCCCAGGAGUUUCUUCCGUCCGGGCUCGGUGGUGGUGGUCCCGGCGAACCACCCAACAGCCGCCGGGAGUAUAUCGUCCCGAUCGUGACGCUGAUCUUUGCCAUUCCGUUGCUUUUAGGGCUGUUUCUUCUCUCGUACAGGCGCGCCAAAGAGUUCUGGCUGACGCGCCAUUACCGGCGGAUGGACUUUCUUAUCGAUGGCAUGUACAACUACUGAACCUGUCGGUUGUGCCGCCCUUUCUGCUUCCUUCCAUGCGGAAUGUUCAUUCAAAUGCGAUAAAGUGCCUUCUUACCUCACAACCGGACAGGGAUACCGCGAUGUAAAGUCCGAUCGUACACACGCAAAGUGUUUUUGCAUAGGUCAGCGUGAUCUAAAACACACCCCACACCUACAUAUAUACGCUAAUGAGAAACUACCCAAUGCUAACUGCUUCUCCCCCCUGGUAGGCAAAAUUCCUUCCCUCUCGGUAGCUGUGAUUCGUUUAUCAGUAAACCGCAAAAGGUUACAUACAAAAAGAAAGUACUUUUUAGUAGUGUAACUAAUGCAAAUACGGUGGGUUAGUAAAUAGAUUGCAAAUGAAAAAAAAUAAACAAAAGCACCCACACA